UUUCCGGAGGCGCCGAGGAGUGAAUCUAGGGGUUCAGCGGUCGAAUCUGGAGGAGUGCUGGAGCCUCUGGCUGAGAGAGCCACCACGCCUCCUUUGAGUGACAAUUUUGUACCGAAGUCUGCAGAGCCAGAAGAAAGUUCUUCCCUUCAGAACUUUGGGAUCAGUUUCAUUACCAACAAUAUGAAAGGGUCUGAGUUGAGCCCAGACAAGAAAAAAAAGGUACAAAUACCAGCGAGGAAACUUCGUGAGGUAGUUUCUUCAAAUCCGGGAGACAAUUUGAUUUUGCUGAAAGAUGAUUCUACCUGUAUUCCUCCAGCAUUGCCUGCAAAUAAACAUCUUCCUGUUAAAUUGGGGACUGACUUGGAUGGAACAUUACAUGGUUCAUCAGAUUUAACUUCUGCUAGAAAUUAUAACCAGCCUCCAUUACAAAAUCUCCCGUCAGAAAGUGCCUUUUCUAAAGAUGUUGCAGCACAAGGGUUGCCUUUGUAUAAAACAGAUGCAAGCAAUCGUCAGAAAGCAAAUGAUGUCUUUAUUUCUCAGUACACCAUGGGCCAGAAAGAUGCUCUCAGAGCUGUGUUAAAGCAAAAAGUUCAACGAAUGCCUGCUUUUAAGGAAGUAAAGGUACAGCUUCUGGAGGAUGCAGGUGCAGAAAAGGUCACUGUUGCCCAGGAGACUAGAACUUCACCCAGUGGAAUCGAUUCAGCUACCACUGUGGCUGCAGCAACUGCGGCUGCCAUUGCAACAGCAGCUCCGCUCAUAAAAGUGCAGAGUGAUUUGGAAGCAAAAGUCAAUUCUGUUACAGAAUUACUUAAUAAGUUGCAAGAGACUGAUAAGCAAUUACAACGUGUUACCGAGCAGCAAACAACCAUUCAGAGUCAACAGGAGAAACUCCACUGUUACGAUCAUGAAAAGCAGUUGAGUGUGUUUAUGGAACAGCACAUGAGGCAUCUUGAGAAAUUACAGCAGCAGCAAAUCGAUAUUCAGACCCAUUUCAUUAGUGCUGCGCUCAAGACUAGUAGUUUUCAGCCCAUUGGUAUGCCUCCUUCCAGACCCGUCGAGAAGUACCCGGUGAGACCAGAACAGCCGAAUCUUGGCAGCAGUGAUGCAGCUCCACAUAGCACAUUGGCUUUGACACCAGUGCCUUCAAAAGAAGUUGAAGCCAUUGGUUUUGAGAAGCAGAGGUCACCUUUGGAGACACCAGCCCCUCGAAGGUCUGCUCCUGUGCCUGUGUCAAGAGAUAGCAAACUCUCCACGAGAGACAGUCCUGUGGCCGAAAAAGAGAAUAUGGAGAUGCCAGUUCAUGCAGGAAAUGUCAGACUAUUGGAACAAAUUCUGAAUAGCCAUGAGACUCUGACAAGAAAAAGUGAGUCUUCUGAUAAGGGCUCCCUGAUUCCGUCUAGCAGAACAUGGGGUCCUGAGAGGAAAGACAGCCUUGACGCUCUGCCCUCUCACCCCUGUCCUCCCUGUGAUGAGCGAGCAGCAAGUACAGUGACUGCACAGAAGGCCGAGGAGGAUCGUGACCAAAAGAAGAGUGAAACCAGUGGCAUGCUUCAGCCCAAAGAAUCUUUGAUUAUGUCAAGGCUGACUGAUCUUCCCCAACAUCCACUUAAAUUUCAGUCAAUUAAACCUACAAGAUCCAUAGUGAAAGAUGCAGAGAAGAUUUUGAGAGGAGUACAAAAUAAUAAAAAAGUGCUUGAGGAAAACCUGGAAGCUAUUAUCCGUGCAAAGGAUGGAGCUGCCAUGUAUUCGUUUAUCAACGCCCUGUCCACCAACAGAGAGGUGUCAGAGAAGAUUCGGAUUAGAAAGACAGUAGAUGAGUGGAUAAAAACUAUUUCUGCAGAAAUACAGGAUGAGCUGGCAAGAAAAGAUUAUGAACAAAAGAGAUUUGAUCAGAAGAAUCAAAGGACCAAGAAAGUGCAAAAUAUGAAUAAAUAUAUUAAGACCCACAAACAAGAUAAAACUGUAAACAAAGCCAUAAUUCCGGGGAAACAUUGUCCGAAAGAAGCAGAGGAGCAUUUUAGGAAUCUACCUGCGAGGAACAUGCCUGUCUCAAGCUUACAGAAAGAGAGAAAAGAAGGCCUUUUGAAAGCAACCACAGUGCAACAAGGUGAGAGUUAUAUGUUACAAGUUUAUGGGAAACCAGUUUAUCAGGGCCACCGCAGCACUCUUAAAAAAGGACCAUACCUGAGAUUUAACUCUCCUUCUCCUAAAUCCAAAUCGCAGAGGCCAAAAGUAAUCGAACAAGUUAAAGGACAAACACAGAGUAAUAGUGAGUCCGUGCCACCUGCUGGAGUGAUUAUAAGCAAGCCACACCCUAUAACAGUGACGACCUCUAUUCCUCCAUCUUCUCGAAAACCGGAGACCGGCGUCAAGAAGCCUAACAUAGCAGUUGUCGAGAUGAAGUCAGAAAAGAAGGGUCCUCCUCACCUUACUGUGCAGGUGUUACCCAGCCUCGACAUUGACAGCAUCUCUAAUGGCAGUGCUAGCCCCAGCCCAUCUCUUCCCAGUCCCAAAGAGGCGUCCUCUCCUCCUCUGCAAACCUGGAUGCAGACUGCAGAACUUAUGAAGUUAGACGAAGAGGAAGUAAAGUUUCCAGGAAGUAACUUUGAUGAAGUAAUUGAUGUCGUACAGGAGGAAGAGAUACGUGAUGAAAUUCCAGAAGACUCUGAACCAGUUCUGGAGUUUAGCCGAAGUGUUAAAGUUGCUUCUACAAAAUAUAAUGGUCCUCCAUUUCCACCGGUUGCUUCUGAUUUUCAGCGCACUGCUGAUAACCUUGCUAAAGUCAUUGAGAGACGAGAAACAUUGGAAAAUAGCUUAAUUCAAUGGGUAGAACAAGAAAUAAUGGCAAGAAUUAUCUCUGGGCGCUUCCCAAUCCAGGAACAGGCCGCACCUGAUGUCAGUCUUUCCGUCAGUGAGGAAAGUGAGCCAUCGGCCUCUGACAAUGUGGAAGGACCGAGAAGUGGUGCCCUCCAGCUCUCCGUUGAUGCUGGGGUCCCUGUGAAUUCAGACCUGAUCGCCCACUUUGUGGAUGAAGCUCUCGCAGAGACCAUUGCCGUCCUACUGGGUGACAGAGAUACUAAGCCGCAAGACGGCAGUGUCGCAAGGGUUCCUGGGGACGUCUCAGCAAGCGAAACAUACUUGCCGGCAAAAGUGUGUACCCCAGUGGCUACCCCACAGCCUACUCCUCCUCACUCACCUUCAUCUCCUCCUAAAGAGCACGUGUUGGUCAAAACUCCAGGUUCUUCUCCCUGUGAUUCAGAACCCGACGAAGCGUUUCCCGUGCGAGAACUACUGCCUGAGAAAGGAAAUGAUAUGCCCGUCACGACAAUUGUUAAUACGCCAGCAGUUACUCCCACUACUACGCCACCGCCCGCUGCAGCUUUAAGCCCCAGUCUGUCAGAGAUUUCCAUUGAUAAACUGAAGGUGUCAAGCCCACAGCUCCCAAAGCCGUGGGCUGAUGGCGACCUGCCUCUGGAGGAAGAGAACCCUAACUCCUGUAAUGAAGAACCCAUUCACCCGAGAGCUAUUGUAAUGUCUGUGGCAAAGGAGGAAGAACCUGAGAGCGAGAGCGAGCAUUGCCCUGCUCCACCUGCACGGCUGGAGCAGAUUCUCUUGACACCCCCUGCGGAUGGCGCCAAGGCCCCUCUUUCAGUGCAGAUGCCAAGUUCAGAGUCAUCAACAUUGGAGAGCACCUUGAGUGCCAGCGUCACGGAAACGGAGACUUUAGAUAGACCCAUCUCUGAAGGAGAGGUGGUACUUCACUAUGGGGGCAAACUGGCUCCUAAGCUUUUAGGAGCUGGGCCAUAUCCAACAAUCCUAAAUGAUAGCUUUUCCAGCACUCUGCAGGAUGCCCUUGAAAUGGACGAUGACCCGCUCAGUGAAGGCCAAGUGAUGAAGGUGCCCCAUCAAAACCCUCAGCAAGAUGCACUUCUUCCGCGUCUUGCUAAACAAAAUCGGGAACCACUGGGGUCCCAGCAAGCAAUCUAUCAUUCAGAGGAAAGCAGUGUGGGUGAGCUCAGUGCAGGACAGAGGCCGAGGCUGCCGGCAGCCGCUGAAAACAUCCUCCUGGGACCUGCUGCCUAUGGGCAGCAGCCUGGCCCUCGUGCUGACCCUGUGUAUAAAAAAGGUGAUGCCAAGCCACUAGCUCAGCAAUUUGACAAGGCUUCAGGAGGUGUCUAUGAAGAUUCAUGUGCUAGUCACGGCCCAAUGAGUUUGGGAGAAUUGGAGUUGCAGCCAAGUUCGAACCGUGGCCCCUCGACAGCACAUCUGACGGGACAAGGAAGUAUUCAUUUGCCAGCGGCAGCUGGAGAUUUCUCUCAGCAAAAGCAAGAACAGCAUGUUGUUGAAAAUGAACCAGUACAAGGUCGUUUAAUACAUGUAAGAGCUAAAUCUGACACUUCACUUUCACAGCAACAAGGUGAUAUGGAUCGGACACAAAUUGAGCCCAGUUUAUACCUCUCUUCUGCAUUUACCGGUGGUCAAGCAGUGCCCCUCUUCACUUCACAGGCACCACCCGCUAAGAUGUCGGUGACCCUGCCCUCAGUGAACGUGGAGGACUGCUCUCAGUCUCUGAGCAUCAGCACAAUUCAGGGCGACACAGACUCCUCAGGAGCAGAUACCUUCUGAAUGUUCUGAAUGGGACUGGCAGAAAACACACACUUGUGCAGAGAGUUUGGAAGUCAUAUUACUCUAGCAUAGACCGGCCUCCCACACCCCC